AUGGGUUCGUCUGAAAAACAUGGUGUUAGAGCUACAACUGAUGAUGAAGAUUUAAAUAAACAAACAAAUAUAUGCAAAAUGCAACUUAAAUUAAUUUGCGUGUUGUUCAAAUAUUUAAACAAUUCAAGUGGAUGUGAAAAGAUGUCACUUGAUACUAUCAAAAUAGUUACUGGUGAAGGUGAGCCAGUUGUUAUUAAACGAGGUGAUGAAGAAAAUGAUAAAAAAGUAUAUUUAUGUCCAGCUUGUGAUAAUGAUAUGACAGCUCAAGUUCAAGCACAAAAACAAAAACUUGAAAUUGAACAAAAAGAACCACUUUAUUUUUGUUGUAAUUGUGAUCAACUUAUUACAAAAGAUAAAAAAGAUUAA